AGAGUGUGGCUCCACACAGCAGCAGCAGCAGCGUCCUCGGGACUGUGGACCAAGUGAGCGCGCGCUCCCCAUCCCGCAGCCCGAAGCACGGACACGGGGAGCAACUUCAAGUUCGCACUGACUCCGUCCGUGGCACUUAAGGGACUACACACGCCACGCAUGGUGCCCUCUACCUGAUCCUAUUUUUUUCUUUUUAAUGAGUGACAUACUUUAGGUGGGCUAUGGCUUCAUCCGUGAGCGGCACAGAGGAGGUGCGGGUGUCUGCGUUGACGCCCCUGAAGUUGGUGGGACUGGUGUGCGUCUUUCUCGCGCUGUGUUUGGAUGUUGGGGCAAUGCUGAGCCCGGCGUGGGUCACGGCGGAUGACCAGUACUACUUGUCGCUGUGGGUGUCUUGCUGGAAGCCCGUGAGCUCCGUGGAGUGGUCCUGCAACAGCACGCUGGCCACCGACUGGCAGAUCGCCACACUGGCCCUGCUGGUUGGGGGUGCAGGCCUCACCCUGCAUGCCUUCCUCGUUGCACUCGUCUCCCUGUGCUUUGGCUCCAGGAGUCGCUGUUACAAGCCUGUGGCCAUCAUGCUGUUCUCUGCAGUGGUACUUCAGGUGUGCAGCUUGGUGCUGUUCCCCAUCAAGUUCAUCGAAACAGUCAGUCUGAGAGUGUAUCAUGAGUUUAAUUGGGGCUAUGGCCUGGCCUGGGGAUCCACUAUCUUCUCAUUCGGAGGUGCCAUCCUAUACUGCCUGAACCCCAAGAAUUAUGAAGACUACUACUAAAAAAAA